AUGCUGUUUUCCGCUUUGAAACGUGAACUGCUAACGAUGCGGGGUUUCUCAUUUUCUUUCCUUAAUCCCCUCUACAUUUCUCUCGCCAUCUCUCGCUCUCUCUCCCUCACUCUCUCUUUAUAUCUCACUCUUUAUCCCUCUCUUUUACGCUCUCUCAAUCACUAUCUCGUUUUCACUCUCCCUAAUUCACUCUCACUCUUUCUAUCACCCUCUUUCAUUCUAUGUCUUACUCUCCUUUUAAAUAAUUCUCUCAUAGUCUUCUCUCUCUUUCACCCUCUAUCUCUUAAACUGUUUCACUCUCUCUCUCACUUUUACUCUCUCUCAAUCACUAUGUCGUUUUCACUCUCCCUAAUUCACUCUCAACUCUUUCUAUCACCCUCUUUUAUUCUAUGUCUUACUCUCCCUCUAAAUAAUUCUCUCAUUGUCUUCUCUCUCUUUCACCCUCUAUCUCUUAAACUUCUUCUCUCUUUCACCCUCUAUCUCUUAAACUGUUUCACUCUCUCUCUCUCUCUCUCACUUUUACUCUCUCUCUCAAUCACUAUGUCGUUUUCACUCUCCCUAAUUCACUCUCACUCUUUCUAUCGCCCUUUCAUUCUAUGUCUUACUCUCCCUCUAAAUAAUUCUCUCAUAGUCUUCUCUCUCCUUCUCCCUCUAUCUCUUAAACUGUUUCACUCUCUCUCUCUCUCACUUUUACUCUCUCUCAAUCACUAUGUCGUUUUCACUCUCCCUAAUUCACUCUCACUCUUUCUAUCACCAUCUUUCAUUCUAUAUCUUACUCUCCCUCUAAAUAAUUUUCUCAUUGUCUUCUCUCUCUUUCACCCUCUAUCUCUUAAACUGUUUCACUCUCUCUCUCUCCCUUUUACUCUCUCUCAAUCACUAUGUCGUUUUCACUCUCCCUAA